AUGACGCUCUAUUACAGUCUUGUGUUUGCGCUCCUAAUGGGCGAGAUGGGCUUGUUUAUGCUGCUGCUUGUGCCGCUGCCAUUCAAGAUCAAGCGGAAGAUCUUUACCUUUGUCUCCGAGAGCCCGCUCGUGGCCAAAUUGCAGUACUGGAUGAAAAUAACCUUUGUCUUCAUCCUGAUAUUGUUCGUCGACAGCGUCAACCGAGUAUACAAGGUCCAGGUCGAGCUUAUGGCUGCGCAUGAGCAGAGCGCCAAGGGAAAUGCCGCCGCUAUCAUGGGAUCCGAGCGUCUCGAGGUCCAGGCCCGCAAGUUUUACUCCCAGCGCAACAUGUACCUCUGCGGAUUCACGCUAUUCCUGUCAUUGAUUCUUAACCGCACCUACGUCAUGAUUCUUGAGGUGAUGCGCCUAGAGGAUAAGGUGAAGAUGUAUGAGGGCACCAACAAGAACACCAAGGAGAGCGAGAAAUUGGCCAUUGCUGGAAAGCCUGGCGAGCUGGCUGCUCUCCGGGAGAAGCUCGAGAAGAAGGAGCAGGACCUCCAGAACCUGAAGAAGCAGGCUGAGCAGCUAAACAAGGCCUACAAUGAGCUCAGUGAUAAGUACGCCGCCACUCAGGUUGACGGCGAGAGCCGAAAGUCGAGAUAA